AAUCUGUGGUUUUGUGGUUGUGGCAAUUCUGUGGGUUUGGUGUUUGAGUUUGAACGAACCUAAAUAUACAAGCUUAUUGGUUGCACGUGUUUGUAUUCAACCGGUUAUUGAUUACUUUAAAAUGGCCAGUGAUUUGGAAAAGAAAAUUAUUCAGCAAAUUGAAUACUACUUCGGAGACUUCAAUUUAAGGCGAGACAAGUUUUUGAAGGAGAAAAUAGGAGAAGAUGAAGGCUGGGUUACCUUGGAGGUAUUGUUGACGUUCAAGAGACUUAAUAGCUUAUCCACCGAUGAAGAAGUUAUAGCUGCCGCAGUAGAAAAAUCUGAAAACAAACUGGUAGAGUUGAGCGAAGAUCGAAGAAAGAUAAGACGAAAUCCUGAGAAGCCUCUUCCGGAAUCUGAUGAACAGAGUCUUAAACAAGUCACAGAAAGAUCAGCGUAUGCUAAAGGAUUUCCUUUGGAUGCAUCUCUGGAUGAUAUCCUUAGUUUUCUGGAGCCUCACGGCCCUAUCGAGUCUUGCCAUCGUAGAACUAUAAACAAUCAAAAAUUCAAGGGUUCAUGUUUUAUUGUUUUCAAAGAAAACGAAGCAUGCAAGAAGUUUGUAGAAGCCGAAAGUAUAAAAUACAAUGACGUGGAACUGAUAAGAAAGUUUCAACAAGUGUAUUGGGAUGAUAAGAAGAAAGAGAUUGAAGAACGUAAAAAAAACAAAAAGGAGAAAAAGGAAAAAGAUGAUUCAAAAGAACCGCCAAAGAAAUUAGAUUUUCCCAAAGGAGCCAUAUUACAUUUUACGGGCCUAGAAGAGGGCCAUAGCUUGACCAGGGAAGAACUGAAAGAUAGGAUCAAGGAAGUCGGCGAUUUAGAGGUCGCCUUUAUGGAUUUCAAAAAAGGAGAUCUGGAAGGAUACGCUCGUUUUCCAGAAGAAAACGGUGCGGUGGAGUUCCUCAAAAAAAUGACUGAUAACCAGCUGACAGUGGAUAAAUUCACGAUGAAACUAAGAGUCCUCGAAGGAGAAGAGGAGGAGGAGUAUCUACAGAAGAGCUCGGAUGCAAUCCUGGAACUGAGAAAGAAACAGAAAAUGAGCAGCAGAAACAGCAGAAAACGUAAAGGUAACUUCGGGAGUCAUGGGGGAAGGGACGGAAAGCAGAAAAGAUAUUGAAACAUACCUUUUUUUAGUUUUUUAAUGUUGAGCAUUUUCAAACAUAGUCAAAAUGAAAUCAUCUUUUAUAGUGUGUAGGUAUAUGAACGUUUAACGUUGUAUAUUUUCUGUUUGGAAAUACCUUCACCAUAGAUGAUAUGGUUGUUUUUUAUGAAUUAACUUGAGAUGAUUCAAUUAAUAAAAAUUUUAUUUGGUGAA